UCCAAGAUGGCGGCAGGGCGGGGCCCAAGGCGCGGGGCGAAUUGUGACGCAGGCGCCCGGCGUGCUCCGUGCGCAAGCGCUUUCGGCGGCGAUUAGGUGGUUUCCGGUUCCGCCGUCCUCUUUUUCUUCAGCUAGGCGGUCGAGCUGCAGACGCAAACAUGCAGAUCUUUGUGAAGACCCUCACGGGCAAAACCAUCACCCUUGAGGUCGAGCCCAGUGACACCAUUGAGAAUGUCAAAGCCAAAAUUCAAGACAAGGAGGGUAUCCCGCCUGACCAGCAGCGUCUGAUAUUUGCUGGCAAACAGCUGGAGGAUGGCCGCACUCUCUCUGACUACAACAUCCAGAAAGAGUCCACCCUGCACCUGGUGUUGCGCCUGCGAGGUGGCAUUAUUGAGCCUUCCCUCCGCCAGCUUGCCCAGAAAUACAACUGCGACAAGAUGAUCUGCCGCAAGUGCUACGCUCGCCUUCACCCUCGUGCUGUCAACUGCCGCAAGAAGAAGUGUGGCCACACCAACAACCUGCGUCCCAAGAAGAAGGUCAAAUAAGGUUGUUCUUUCUUUGAAGGGCAGCCUCCUGCCCAGGCCCCAUGGCCCUGGAGCCUCAAUAAAGUGUCCCUUUCGUUGACUGGAGCAGCAA